AUGCCGGAAGAAUCAAGCUCGCCCUUCGCUUUUUAUGCAUUCUAUCAGCUCUACGCUUACUAUCACCCCGGCUGGGAACCCAAGCUGUCUUUUGAUGCAGUAAAGCAGCUAUAUCCCAACUAUGUGACUGGAAGCAAGAGAACAAAUGAAAAGACAUCACUUUUCAUUACCUGGAAAAAGAAAACGAGCAAGAGCGAUGACUACGAUCUCCGAGGAUGUAUCGGAACGUUCGCCAAACUCCCCUUAUUGAAGGGAAUCGAGAAAUACUCAUUGAUUGCUGCUCUGCAAGAUCAUAGAUUCGCACCAAUCGGCGAAAAAGAACUGCCUAAGCUCAAGUGUAGUUGCAACAUCUUACACAGCUUUCAAACAAUAUAUGGUAAUAAAAAGGGCGACAUUUUCGACUGGGAUUUAGGGGUUCAUGGCAUUGAACUCACCUUUAAAGACCCUAGCACCAAUCGAAUCAUGAGCGCAACGUUUUUGCCAGAAGUGAUGCUCGAACAAGGAUGGAACAAGGAGGCCACUUUCACAAACCUCAUAGAAAAAGCGGGAUGCUUGAAGGAUGUAGAUUUUCUCAUGGGCCAUUACGAAGAGUAUUUUAUCGAGGUUGUUCGUUACAAGGGCGACAAAAGUCAAAUACGGUUUGAUGAAUUCCAACGCCUGCUUAAAGCUCACAAAAAUGUAGAGUGA